AGGUAAGCCGACACCGGCCGCCAUAUUGGGAAAUAACGGAAGUGAGAGAGAGCGACAGAGAGAGAGAGAGGGAGAGAGAGAGAGAGAGAGAGAAACAGAUCGAGAUAAGUGUGUGUUGAGUCAAUCCGUUUCCGAAAAAGGGCGUCCUCCUCCUCCUCCUUCUCCUCCUUAUCCUCCUCCUCCUCGCUGCCUUUUUCUCAUGUUUGUCUCUCCGGAGGAAGGGGCGGUCUCAGCGCCACAGCAGAUCCGGAAUUAGACCGUGUCCGCUCGGAUCGGCUCGGCUCGGUCGGUCGGUCGGUCGGUGGAGCUCCGCGGCGGUUCGGGUGAGAGGAGAGGAAGAGGAAACGGGACGAGCUGAAAAAACACUUCAAUAAUAAAAAAAAAACAGAAGAAAAGAAGAGAGAGGUGAGAGAGGGGAGCCAGGUGGAGUGAAAGUGUCGACGACGAACCGGAGCAGAGAACAGGAAUAAAAAAAAAAGAAGAAGAAAGAGGAAAAGUAGAGGCAGAACAGGAGGAAGAGGAGGACGAAGAUGCCGCUGGCUCAGUUGGCAGAUCCCUGGCAGAAGAUGCCGGUGGGGGGGACGGCUGGAGAGGAUGUACAUCACGAUCCCGAGGACUCGGUGGGGGAGGACGACUCGAUGCCUGCCUGCACCGACGACGUGCCGAUCAAGGAGAUCAGCAUCACUCACCAUGUGAAGGAGGGAUCAGAGAAGGCCGACCCUCGACAGUUUGAGCUACGCAAAGUCCUCGGACAAGGCUCCUUCGGCAAGGUGUUUCUGGUGAGGAAGAUCACAGGGCCGGACGCUGGCCAACUGUACGCCAUGAAGGUCCUAAAGAAAGCCACACUGAAAGUGCGUGACCGGGUCAGGACAAAGAUGGAGAGAGACAUCCUGGUGGAGGUCAACCAUCCCUUCAUUGUCAAGCUGCACUACGCGUUUCAGACGGAGGGGAAGCUCUACCUGAUCCUGGACUUCCUCAGAGGAGGAGAUCUCUUCACUCGUCUCUCUAAAGAGGUGAUGUUCACAGAGGAGGAUGUGAAGUUUUACCUGGCGGAGCUCGCCCUGGCUCUCGAUCACCUUCACGGUCUCGGCAUCAUUUACAGAGACCUCAAGCCUGAGAACAUUCUGCUUGAUGAGGAGGGACACAUCAAGCUGACCGACUUUGGCCUCAGUAAGGAGUCAAUAGACCACGAGAACAAGGCCUACUCCUUCUGUGGGACGGUGGAGUACAUGGCUCCCGAGGUGGUCAACAGGCGAGGACACACGCACAGCGCCGACUGGUGGUCGUAUGGCGUGCUCAUGUUUGAGAUGCUGACGGGAACGCUGCCGUUUCAAGGCAAAGACCGGAAAGAGACGAUGACCAUGAUCCUCAAGGCCAAGUUGGGGAUGCCUCAGUUCUUGAGUUCAGAAGCUCAGAGUCUCCUCAGGAACCUGUUCAAACGUAACCCCGGCAACAGAUUAGGAGCUGGACCAGACGGAGUCGAGGAGAUCAAGAGGCAUCAGUUCUUCAACACCAUCGACUGGAACAAACUGUUCCGCAGAGAGCUCCACCCUCCUUUCAAACCGGCUGCAGGACGACCUGACGACACUUUCUAUUUUGAUCCGGAGUUCACAGCUAAAACACCCAGAGACUCUCCGGGGGUCCCACCCAGUGCCAACGCUCAUCAGCUGUUCAGAGGAUUCAGUUUUGUGGCCAUAACAGAGGAGGAAACACAACCGUUACCCAAUGCUAUUGUACAGCAGCUUCACAGAAGUACGUCCCAGUUCUCAGACGCCUAUGAGAUCAAAGAGGACAUCGGCGUCGGCUCCUACUCCAUCUGUAGGCGCGGUGUGCACAAAGGAACCGGCAUGGAGUACGCUGUCAAGAUCAUCAAUAAGGCCAAGAGGGACCCGACGGAGGAGGUGGAGAUCCUGCUGAGAUACGGGCAGCACCCCAACAUCAUCACUCUCAAGGACGUGUAUGACGACGGCCGGUCGGUGUUCCUGGUGACGGAGCUGAUGAAAGGCGGCGAGCUGCUGGACAAAAUCCUCCGACAGAAGUUUUUCUCCGAGAGAGAAGCCAGCGCCGUCCUCUACACCAUCACCAAGACGGUGGAGUACCUGCACGUACAAGGGGUGGUGCACAGAGACCUGAAGCCCAGUAACAUCCUCUACGUGGACGAGAGCGGGAACGCCGAGUCCAUCCGGAUCUGCGACUUCGGCUUCGCCAAACAGCUGAGGGCGGAGAACGGCCUGCUCAUGACGCCGUGUUACACUGCCAACUUUGUGGCCCCCGAGGUGUUGAAGAAGCAGGGCUACGAUGCAGCCUGUGACAUCUGGAGUCUGGGAGUCCUGCUCUACACGAUGCUGACAGGUUUCACUCCGUUUGCUAACGGUCCAGAGGACACGCCGGAGGAGAUCCUGGCUCGUAUCGGCAGCGGGAAGUUCUCACUUAGCGGAGGAUACUGGAACUCUGUUUCUGCUGAGGCGAAGGACCUGGUAUCUAAGAUGCUGCACGUCGACCCCCACCAGCGGCUGACGGCAGGUCAGGUCCUCCGACACCCCUGGGUGACUCACAGAGACCAGCUGCCCAAAUACACCCUGAACAGACAGGACGCCCCGCACCUCGUCAAGGGAGCGAUGGCCGCCACCUACUCCGCUCUCAACAGGAACGUCCCUCCCGUCCUGGAGCCGGUGGGCUGCUCCACUCUGGCCCAGCGGAGGGGGGUGAAGAAGAUCACCUCCACCGCUCUGUGACCUCACAACCUUUAAACCCCGCCCACUCCCCCUUCCCCCCCUCCACCUCCACCUCACCUCCUGUCAACUCUGACCUCGAUCUGACCUCCGCCGGACCCCUUCUCUCCAGUCCGGUCUGGUGAGACAGACUACUGAUGGACCUAGGAACCGCUAACGCCAAAUAGGAGCACAGAGACCGCCGCCCCCCCCCUCUUCUUCCCCACCUCCUCCUCCUCUGCCCCGCCCACCCUGUCCUGCACCUUAACGGACUCUUCUGAUUGGCUCUCUUCUGCUGUCUUACUGUAGAGUCCGCGAGGUUUUCAUCCAGAAAACCCGACGACUCUUUCCAGCCGCAGAGGGUCGAGUCCUUCUGUGGCGUUUUUUUUUGCUUCGGACAAUCAGCGCUGCCUCGCGGACCCAGAGACUGAGCGCGCGUCAGGAAUUUAAAACGUACUGUAUUUAUUUACUUCAAAAAAAAAAAAAAAACGGGGAAAAUUUGAUCAUAGGAAAACACAAAUAAUCUUAACGUAUGCAUUUAAAUAGCUAGGAUCGUUGUUAUUAUACUGUCGUGAUGGUUCUGCGUAGAUGUAGAUCCUGCAUUUAAAAACCUCAAGUAGCCUCUGAGAUGACGGCGUCUACGGAGAAAGGACAGAAUCACUGAUGAAUGUUCACCCACGCAGAGUAGAGCAGCCUCGGCCUCGAAAUAUUUAACCCGCAAAACAUCAAGAGGGCAUCUAGUUCUAAUUAAUCUCUGACUUGAUGCCUUUUAAGGUGAAGAAACGUCUCCUGCAGUCAGAAACCUCCAGUAUUUCACUUCCAGGUGCAAAAAAACGAUGAACAAAAAAAACUCAAACUGACCAGCAGACAGCUCGAUGCUGAAGUGUCUGAUUAGCGUAUCAAUAGAGAUGCAUCGAUCAGAUACACCAGAUCAGUAUUGGGACAAAUCCACUGAUAAUGUGAUCAGUCGUCAGUAUCAGCAGGAGGUCGAAGUAUCAGAAUCACUCACAACGGAUCAAUAUAUCAGUUUAUGUCCAAAUGAAAUCAAGCUUUUCUUGACCUGAAUGUUUUCCACGUUCGUCCAGUUUAAAGGCAAUAAUCGUAGAUAAUCGUCCUCGUUAAGAACCUUCAGCUUUAUAGAUUAUUGAUGCUCACGAUGCAGAAAGAAUCUAAAUAUUCUCCAUCAGCUUUAGUUAAAUCAUCAAAGCAGAUUUUGGUUUUAUACUUUUAAAGAUAUGAAUCUGUUGACAAACCCAGUAGAGCUGCAGUUACAGAUGAUUUCCUCCAGUAAUAGAUUAGUUGUUUGGUCUAUAAAACGUCGAUCACUGUUUCCCAAAGACCAAGAUGACGUCUUGUUUUGUCCACGACCCAAAGAUGUUCAGUUUAUUAUCACACAGAUGACUGAAGAAACAAGAAAACCUUCAUAUUUGAGAAAACGAUUAUUAACUCAGCUUUAAUCAGUUUAAAGCUGCACAAGUCAAGUUCAGGAAGGUUUGAAUUUUUUUAAACUUGAAGCACUUCAUUAAAUUUAUGCAAAGUGACGACGAUUUAAAUUUCUUUUUCACAGUGUCGGUUUUUGAGGUGGAACAGACAGACUGAGCUCUUGUAUUUGAUUGUUUCCUUUCAUUUUCCUCUUUAAUCUGACACAGCAGUGUCUGAACCUUUAACCUGAAGCUGAUUUAUGCAAAAACAGGUGAAACUAAAGCAUCUUCCUGGUUGA